CGUCUAGGACCACUGGCGGCUGCUUUAGGCUCCUCGCGGGGCUGGUGGGUAGAUGAGCACUGUGGAGCUUUUUGGGAGGAAGAGCAGUAUUUAUUCCCAAAAGUGUGGGAGGCACGGGGGUCUGGGUUCGAAGCAACGAAAGUGUGGAGUGUGGACUGUAAUUAUUUCUAGUAAUGCUUAAAACAGCAAACCAGUUCCUGCGGUCCCGCUUUACUUUUUUGCAAAGUUGUUUUGCUUCUUUCUGAAACUUGUAUUAGUUCUUACUGAGCUGGAGAAGAGUGAUCGAUCUCAGCGUUACCUGGUUCCAGCUGUGGGUGGGAGCUUUAUGAAGUCGGGGGCUAGGAUGUUUAACGUCUUAGGCAUUUCGAAUUUGAACUUCUCAAGAGUGUUUUAGAACUAAAGAAUAGGGGUCAUCUGAAAUUUAUUGGCUCCCAGGACAAAGUUGGAGAUUACUGCUCAAGCAUAAGUUUUCCUAAGACUGCUACAGAGAUGUUUGAUGUAAAGGCUUGGGCUGAAUAUGUUGUGGAAUGGGCUGCAAAGGACCCAUAUGGUUUCCUUACGACAGUUAUUUUGGCUCUUACUCCACUGUUCCUAGCAAGUGCCGUCCUGUCUUGGAAAUUGGCCAAGAUGAUUGAAGCCCGGGAGAAGGAGCAAAAGAAGAAACAAAAACGUCAAGAAAAUAUUGCAAAAGCUAAACGACUGAAAAAAGAUUGAAGGGAUGAACAGGCUCUGCAAACAGAAAGAAGCCAUUUGGAAAAUUAGGCAGCUUUGGAAGGACCCCUGAGGUUUCUUUGGAUUUCAUGGAAGUUAUUAAUGUCCAUACAGAAGAAUCAUUCUGGAAUGUGACCUCAAUACUGUACUAACUUUCAGGCCUGGGCACAGAUGUUUGUUGGUGACCAUUGGCAGUUAUUAUAAAUUAGUAUUUGAUUAUAUUGGUUGAGUAUCACUGAUGCCUAACCCAGAAUACUCCAAAAUCCAAAACUUUAUAUGCACAGAUGUGAUGCCACAAGUACAAAAUUCCCCAGCUGACCUCUCAUGGGUCUUAGUCAAAAUACAGAUGCACUAAAAAUGUAUAAAAUUUCUUCCAGCCUAUAUGAAACAAAUGAAUUUCCUAAAGAUGUCUCAUUAUGUAUAUGCAAGUAUUCCAAAAUCUGAAAACAUCUAAAACAUUUCUGGUUCCAGGCAUUUCAGAGAAGGAACAUUCAACCUGUAGUACGAAUUCUUUAUCAUUGACUUAGUAAUUUGCCAUUUUGUAGCUAUGUUCUGAAAUAAAAACAUCCUGUGGAAACAAAUGACUUUA